AUGCCUGAAAUGGCGGUAGGUGGUGACCAGCACCAUCAACAGCAGCAGCAACAGCAGCACCUCCAUCACCUGCAUCAGCUGUCGCCCACUUCGGUCACCGGCUCAUCUCCACCACCGCCGCUUGCACUUUCCCCACAAUCUGCUGAUGUUAUGCCGCAACAACAACUAGGUCCAACAGCAGCAGCAGCAGCCACUGCAGCACUAUCAACAGCAUCAGCUGCCUCAUCUGUUUUGCCGAAGCUGAACGAGAUUCGCUGUCCUCCGGCGUCAAACAGCGAGACCAAGGUGAUCUACCACAUGGAUGACAAGGACAUUCCGACGAUGGUCAGGAUACCGAUUGCACCGUCGGUCAUCACCUUACGCGACCUGAAAGCUUACCUUUCACUGCGAAACUCCUCCAACUACAAGUUUUACUUUAAAGCUCGCGACAAAGACUGUGGCAUCGUCAAGGAGGAGAUCUUUCAUGACAACACACCACUGCCAUUCUUUCAAGAUAAGGUGGUCGCCUAUAUUGAAAGCAUCGAGGGCGCCAAUUCUCCGAUUGGUGGCGGCGGUGGCAGUGAAGGUGGAAUGGCACUGUCGUCCACCAACGACAGUCGAAGCAAACAUGACGAUGCUCUGCCGAAGACGCGCCAUGGCCUCGUUUCCGAUUCCACAUUCUCCACUGACCACGGCGGCGACAGUACUACGGAGACUGACUCGAUGAUUAGUUCACGUCGUGGCGGACAGUAUCUCAGUUCACGCCACCGGAACUAUUGCAAGGGCUCGAGCAAUCAUCACUCCCGGUACGGCAAGUGCGGCAAUCGACGGUCUGGGCAUCACCAUGGCGGCUACGACUCUUCGGUGGUGUCUACCUCUGACAUGGAGUCGUAUGUCGAUUCGGACGAUGAUGAUGACGAGGAUGACUACGACGACGAGGACGAGGACGACGAUGAUGAGGACUUUAUGGAGGGUGACACUUCCUCGGCGAGCUCCUUCUCGGAGAUGUCCUACGACGUGAUUACCGUGAAACUGAACCUCGACGUCGUCAACUACCUCGGCAUCAGCUUGGUGGGGCAGACGAGUCAGAAGGGCGACGGCGGCAUCUACGUCAGUUCGAUCAUGAAGGGCGGCGCCGUGGACAUUGACGGGCGCAUCCACCCGGGCGACAUGAUCCUCCAGGUGAACGAAACUAACUUUUCCAAUCUGACAAACGACGAGGCGGUCAAUGUGAUUCGAGAGGCGGUGAAGAAGCCGGGGCCAAUUAAGCUGCUGGUCGCCAAGACCUGGGACCCCAAUCCGAAGGGCCACUUUACCAUUCCGCGCUCAGAGCCGGUGCGGCCCAUUGAUCCGGGCGCCUGGGUAGCUCACACGGAGGCGGCUCGUGCCAAUGUGCAGUCAGCUGGCGGUCAGCACUCGGUGACCAUCUCCAACGCCGUGACCACGGUGGCGCCGGCAGUGCCGCUGAGCACGGAGAGCAGUCUGGAGACGAUUGCAGCGGCGAUGGCCAGUCCCGACUCGGGCCUGGACAUUCGCGACCGAAUGUGGCUGAAGAUUCGCAUUCCCAGCGCCUUCAUCGGCUCGGACGUGGUCAGCUGGCUGUACUCGUACGUGGCCGGCUUCAGCGAGCGCAAGGACGCGAAGAAGGUCGCCUCGAGGCUGCUCAAGGAGGGCUUCAUACGGCACACCAUCAACCUGAAGAACUCAUUCUCGGAGAAGUGCUACUACGUCUUCAGUGAGGCGGUGCUCCACAAGGUGGUUCAGCACAGCACAGCAGGCCACCAGCUAGAGUCGAGCGGAGUGUCCAGUCUGGAGGAUGGCUUUGCAAACAGCCUCAGACUGACCAAUGAAAACUUUCAGCCAACGUCUUCGGUGGACCAGCUGGCUGCCCUUUCUCAACAGCAGCAUCAGCAACAACAACAACAACAGCCGCCGCCGCCUGGUCACUGGUCUGGCCUGGCUGCCACUCCGGAGAUGCUGAUGAUGAUGGGAGGAGGAGGAGGAGGCGCCACCAAGCCCAAUUCAAUAUACCCUUCAAUGCCCUUUAUGCGUUACUGGGAUGAAACUAGUGAGAUUCAAAACUACGGUCUGAUUGGGCCUAACUCGGACGAAGGUGUCGGAAUACUGGACAGUCUUCACCACUCUUCAG